AUGAUGAAAGGCUACUCGCCAACUAAUUUAUUCCUGUUUUCUCUUCUAUUCUUGGGUGUCAAAGGCAUUGAGGUGACUCCAGACUCUACCUGCUCUUCACUGUGUGUUGAUCAACCCGGCGCGUCAACAAAUAUAUCAGACUAUGACUCCUCCCACACAAGUACAGGUGAUCUGGUAUGCAAGGAUUCUGAAUUCAAAGGUUCAAAAACCACGCCGAAAGGUCGCAAAUGGGUCCAGUGCCUGAACUGUGAAGCGAGCAGCCCUGCAGAAAAUCCUGGUUAUCAAGGUGACAAUGAGACGGAUGUGUUUUGGUUCCUAUUCAACUUGAGGUUCAACCUCGCGUGGUGUGUUUUUGGAUAUGACUACAACAACGAGACAAACCCUGCCAUGGAUAAUUGCGGCCAGGCUUGCAAUAAUCUAUUGCAACCCUUGACAGAUCAGCUUUUUACAGUCUCUGAAAGUGAUCGCUAUGCAUUUUGUACAAGUGAUAACUCAGCUUUCACAAACGACGCUCCGACCUGCAGAGCGUGUCUGGAAAAGGUGCAGGAUGCCCAGAUGAUGGGUAACUUCGUCAAAGGGCUCGAAGUCGCCUGUGACCAGCAGCCCGCGAUGGGUAAAGCGCUGGACCUAGGGUUCAAUCUUUUCGAAGUCAACUCAUCAUCCACUACCACGUCAAGCACUCCCACAAGUAGCGCGACAGCCACAAGCACGGGAAAUUCGACGAACGCAGGGACCAGCAGCGGAGUCAAGAUAGGAGUUGGGGUGGGCGUUGGAUGUGGGGGGGCGAUAGUUCUGGUAGGGGCUUUAUUUUGGUUUUUCUGGAGAAAACGCCAUCAACAUGACGACCAGCCUGCCUCAACAGACCAGAAGCCCGUAUCUGCUGAUAAGGCGACCGGGAAAGAUCAGAUUUACGAGGUGGCGGACAACGCUGCCAGGCCAGAACUUGGAUCUGACAGGAGAUGGGAGGUGCAGGAGUUGAGUGCCUAG